AUGCUGCAGGCGCUGCAGAAGAUGCACCGUCAUGUGUGUGGCACGACCGUUGGAGCUCUCAAGCGACAGUAUAUGCCCCUGUACAUCGACGCCGACAGGGGCAUGCUGCUGGCCGAGUUGGAGUGCUACACGGUGUCGCUAUCCGACGCAGAGAAGAAGAGCAACUUCCUACAGAGCCUCGGUCCGGAUUGGAAUGGCUACAUUGGUGCGUUGGAAGCGUGCGGCUCGAUGGAGAAGCUCCUCAUCAAGGCGGCGGCUGAGGCUAGACGCCGCUUGACACAAGCUCAGCGG